AAUACACUUUUCUUCCUUAUUCACCUAAUUAUUGUCAUCAACGUCAUACCCUUACAUCUAACCCAAGAUUCCUUAGCGCAUAACUCCAGCAAUAAGGAGAGGGAUUACAUAACGGUAUCUACUUACAAUGGUAGAAUAAGGGGUUAUAGGCUCAAACCACACCAAUUCGCUAUAUACCAUAAACAUGCCAAUAACGAUCUAUCGGCUGUGGACUGCUUCAUGGGUAUACCUUACGCUAAACCUCCCAUUAAUGAACUCCGCUUUCAGUCACCACAACCGAUUGAUCCAUUUUUUCAGGACUCGAUAUAUAAUGCCACUUCAUUGCCUAAUUCCUGCCCUCAACCGAUAGACAAUUUUUUUGGGGCCAAUUUUAAGGGCACGCAACAGUGGAAUGCCAAUACCGAUAUAAGCGAAGACUGCUUAUACCUUAACAUUUGGAGCCCAUUCCCGAGAAACGAAAACGAAAAAUUACCCGUGAUGAUUUGGAUUUACGGGGGAAGUUAUACCAGCGGGAGUGCUACAUUAAAAUUGUAUGAUGGAAAAAUAUUAGCCUCCCGUUUCCAUAUAUUAGUUGCCUCCAUGAAUUACAGAAUGGGCUCAUUGGGAUUUCUUUUCACUAACGAUCCGAUACAAAAUCCAGGUAACGCGGGUCUAUUAGAUCAGCUGUUAGCAAUCAAAUGGCUCAAAAGAAAUAUAGAACAUUUUGGUGGAGAUCCUGAGCGUAUAACAUUAGUGGGGGAAAGCGCAGGAGCUUCUAGUAUCGUUUAUCAUUUAUUAUCGCCUUCUAGUGCUCCUUAUUUUAACAGGGUUAUAUUGCAAAGCGGAGCCGCCGGGAAUCCAUGGGGACUCAUCGAAAGAUCCGAAGCUAUUCAGAGAGCUUUCAGACUAGGUCAAGCUUUGGGCUGUGAUCACGAUACCUACUAUCUCAACGAAACGAAGACUCCUCUAAAGUCUUUUGAAGAAAAUGAGUUCUUGUACCGAAUUGAUGGUCCAAUCAAAUACGAGUCUAUGCAGCUAGACGCAUCUAGAAAGUUGCUAAAAUGUCUACAGUCACAUAAUUUUGAGAAUAUAUUGAAUAAAGAACCAGCCGUUACUAGCAAUGCCAUGGAUUUUCCCUUCGCCCCCGUCAUAGAUGGUGAUUUCGUAAAAGCCCACCCACAGUAUCUUCUAAACAUGGGAUUAUUUAAAAAAGCAAGCGUACUUCUUGGAUCUAACUUACAUGAAGGUACAGCCUUCUUGGUAUACUAUUUGGAUAAAAUAUUUACUCCACUCCGAGAAAACGUGACGGUUUCAAACGAGGAACUGAUCUGGGCCAUCAAUCGCAUUUAUUAUAAAUUCAAUCAUAUAGCUCGAAACUCGGUAGCGCAACAUUACAAAGAUUGGGACCGGCCAGAAAGUUUGUUUGAAAAUGAGGGAAGUGAUCACAAUAUUAACAAAAUUGAUGAUAUGGCUGGAGAUUAUUGGUUCACCUGCCAUGUUAAUGAACUAGCCGAUCAAUAUUCGAAGGGUGGGCAAAGCGUUUACAUGUAUCAAUUUAGUCAUAGAUCUUCUCUAAAUCCUUGGCCAAAGUGGAUGGGAGUAAUGCACGGAGACGAAAUAGCAUAUAUGCUAGGGGAACCCUUGAAAAUCGGCUCUAGAUAUACUGACCACGAAAAGGAUCUCAGUUUAAAUAUGAUGCGAUUUUGGACAAACUUCAUUAAACAUGGGGACCCAAAUAAAAAUGGGGAAUAUGAUUGGACAGGAAUCCGUUGGCCUGAAUAUUCUUAUAAGAGCAAAGAUUGUCUAGAUUUAAAUAUUAAAAUGAAUCGAUAUGAUUUCAAUAUAACUAAAGCUCCAAGACUUAAACAUUGCGCUUUUCAAACUUUCUUAUCAAAAUUACAAAAAGAUACAGAGCUACUAAAAUUAGAAUCGUCUUGUCCAGUUUCACCGAUUCCAAAAAAAUCUUAUGCCAUUCGUCUUAACGACCCCACAAAUACUAAUAUAAAUACUUUUAAUUUAAUAACAGUAAUUUAUAUAGUCUUAAACCACAUAUUUGUACAUCAUAUAUAAAAGUUAUAAUUGUAAUAUGAUAUUGAA